AUGCGGCAGAAAAUACUGGGCAGCUGGGAGGUGCGGGUGCAGCUGCCGGAAAGGAGCCGGGCGGCGUGGGCCCUGAGAAGGGAGACACCCACCAACCGGCUGAGAAGGGCUCCCGGCAGGUGCGACCCGGGCUCAGACGGAAAGGAGGAGCCCAGCAGCCCCUGCCAAUCCGGGGCCUCGGGUGCAGACGGUGCCUCAGGCCUAGGAGGAGCCCCGCCCCAGGGCUGCCCCCUCCGACCCCGGCGUGCUGGGCACCCCGCCCAGCUGCAGCAGCUCGGAGCUGUCUGCAUGGACCGAAGUUCCCAUCCUCACCGCACCCCGGGCGGGGGAUUCCUGCUGGCCCCGAAUCGAUCUUUGGUUGGCAGAGGCAGUGGAGAUGCUCCCUGGGUGCGGACGGAGCAGCUGGGGGGCAGCGCAUCUCAAGACCCUACGCUGGGACACGGAGACACGGCCGGGGGCGGGGGGCAGAACUCACACCGGACAGGUGCCGGUCGGGGAGAGGCCUCUUGUCAGCCCGUCUUCAGGGGGCCCCUGUCUGUGGGAGACCCGGCGGGCGCCUCGGACGCGGAAGGCAGGCGGGGAACCGGCAGUGCCCGGGAACAGGGCCAGAGGAGGCUGGGGCUGCUCAGCACACGGAGGAAAUACACGUCUCCAAGUCCCUCCCGACCAUCCGUCCGGGGAGCUGUGCGGGCCGAUACGGAGAAGACCCCUGAUGAGGUCACCGCACAGCAGGGGACCGCACACUGGCCCCGGGCCUGGCGCUGUGCGGCUGUCAGGGGCACGGAAAUGCCCAGGUCGGGCUGUGAUUUCUCGGUCCCCGCUGCCCCCGAGGCUGCACAGGUUCGUGGGAGGUUCUGGUGUGCCCGGCACCAGGGACCUUUCAGCCGCGUGCACAGCGGCCUGGACCCCGGCCACGUCCUCGGGCAGCCCUGGAGGGGCCCUGUGAGCCCCGGCCGCCUGCAGGAGGGCAGAGGGCACCGGCUGCGGACAGUGGCGCAACACAGCAGCCCCCGGGUCCGCGGUGACAGCACCGAGCAGCUGCACCAACGCCGGCGGCCACGGCUUUGGCCUGUCUACCACCCUGGGCCGCCCCCCCCAGACCGGCUCGGCCCCCGGGGCCAGGCCGAGCGCCUCCCCGAGACGGAGGAGACAGAGGGCCGUGGUCUCAGUGGGGGGAGCCGGCGCUGCGGCGUCUCCCUCCACACCCGAGGCCGGCGCGGCCGGGCCCUGCCGCGGGACGGGGGAGAGAUGUUCAGGGUGCCUUUGAACGCGAACUUGCCCCCCAGACCGCGGGAGAACGACAGGGACCCGAGAAACCGGCUCCACCACAGAGACAGCGAUGACGGCACGGGCCUCUGUGACUCCGUCACCCGCAGGCAGGCAGGGCCUUCCGCAGCAGCGGCCGCUCCGGCACGGAAGCCCACGCGGACCCACGCCACACUGCGCUUCCCGGCAGGCCCCCCUCCCAGGAAGGAGCGACCCCUCCACCACCGGUCAAAGCAAGACUCGGGGCCACUUCCCAGUGCAGGCACCGAAGGCUACCCCAGGGCAGCAGGGCCCACUCCCGACGCCCGCCUGGGGCUCAGCGAGCUCCUCCGGCUCGCCCUGCCCCCCACCUGGCACAAGGGGACCACGGGCCGGGCAGAGACGGGCAGAGAGGGCACUUCAGAGGGACCGUCGUGGGACCUGUCUGCGGAGAUCAUCAGGGCACAGUGCAGUGGCCUCUUCCUCAGGGCCUGGGGCCUCCAGCCCGCACGGCGACCCAGGCCGGGCGCCCAGGAUGGUGCGGGGCAGCCAGGGCUAGGACAGAAGUGGGGAGACCCGCGGGCACCGUCCCCAGCCCCUCGGCCCAGGUGGGCUUGGCGGGAGGCAGGCGGCCACGGUCCUGCGGGCUCCCUGGAUGUGCAAAGCGGGGACGCUCCGAACGCGCCGCCUCCCCACGCCCCGGCGGAGUGCCCUGCCCGGCCCCCGCCAUCCGCGGCCUGCGAGCGGCCACCCUCCGCCGGGCCAGCCCAAAGCCAGGGACGCACGCAACGCUACAGACCCGCGCGCGGGCCGGGGAGGUGGGACCCGCGGUCCUCAAGUGGCCGCGGUGCCAAGGCCCCCGCGAGGCAGGCCAGGGCCGGGCUUGCGCCCUCCGCACGGAGCCCACGCAUCCCCACAGUGGACCCCGAUCCGAGCGCCCGGACCCGCCUCCGCACGGCCCCAUCCCUCGGUCCCCCUCCGCCGCUCCCGUCCCGAGAUGCCGACACAAAGGGGACGCCGCCACCCACCUGGUCCCGCGCGGCCCGCGCUCCAGGGGCUGUCGCUCCUGCUCGGCCGCGGCAGGGCUGCAAGCGCUCCGCCCGCGUCUGGUGUCGCGGCCGGGUGUCCGCGCCGGGUUCCCGCCGCCCCGCGCCCGCGCCCCGCCCAGAGCCGCCCUUUCUUCCCUGCCCGGCCUCCAGCCGGGGCGCGCAGCCGGCGGGGAGACAGGGCGGCGGCGCGAACGGCGCAAAUACGCGGGCGCGGAGUAGCCAGCUCCCGCCGCCGCCGCGCAGCGCCCCCUGCCGCCCGCCCUCAGCCGCGCGCGGGCGGGCCGGGCCGGGCCGGGGCACCCUGGGCUCCAGAGGGUGGCCCGCUGCCUGGGGGUGA